CCGGCCUCACGGCCCCGCCUCCCGGAGGACGCCCGGGCGCGCGGCCGCCGGAGCCGCGGUUUAAUUGGGGCUGUCAGGCCGCGGCACGCGCGGAGGGCCGGCCGGGCGGGACUGAGGCCGGUGGCUGGGAGGCCCGGGCGGCGGGCGCGCGGCUCGGCGGGAGGCGGGCGCCCGGAGACGCGGCUGGGGCCAGCGCGGCCGGGGCGCCGUCCCAGGGCUGGGUUGCCCGGCCCCGGCCCCAGCCCCGGGAUCCCCAUGAAAAACCAGCUCCGCGGGCCCCCAGUGCGGGCGCACAUGUCGACUUCGGGGGCGGCGGCGGCUGGGGGCACCCGGGCGGGGUCGGAGCCCGGUGCGGGAUCUGGGUCCGGCGCAGGCAUCGGGACGGGAGCGACGACGGGAGCGGGGGCCAUGCCCUGCAAGAGCGCCGAGUGGCUGCAGGAGGAGCUGGAGGCGCGCGGUGGCGCGUCCCUGCUGCUGCUGGAUUGCCGGCCGCACGAGCUCUUCGAAUCGUCGCACAUUGAGACGGCCAUCAACCUGGCCAUCCCGGGUCUCAUGCUGCGCCGCCUGCGCAAAGGCAACCUGCCCAUCCGCUCCAUCAUUCCCAACCAUGCCGACAAGGAGCGCUUCGCCACGCGCUGCAAGGCGGCCACCGUGCUGCUCUACGACGAGGCCACGGCUGAGUGGCAGCCGGAGCCCGGCGCCCCCGCCUCAGUUCUCGGCCUGCUCCUGCAGAAGCUGCGAGACGACGGCUGCCAGGCCUACUACCUCCAAGGUGGUUUCAACAAGUUCCAGACGGAAUACUCAGAGCAUUGCGAGACUAACGUGGACAGCUCGGCCUCGCCGAGCGGCUCACCGCCCACCUCCGUGCUGGGCCUGGGGGGCCUGCGCAUCAGCUCAGACUGCUCGGACGGCGAGUCCGACCGAGAGCUGCCCAGCAGUGCCACCGAGUCGGAUGGCAGCCCCGUGCCAUCCAGCCAGCCGGCCUUUCCGGUCCAGAUCCUGCCCUACCUCUACCUCGGCUGUGCCAAGGACUCUACCAACCUGGAUGUUCUUGGCAAGUACGGCAUCAAAUACAUCCUCAAUGUCACACCCAACCUGCCCAACGCCUUUGAGCACGGUGGCGAGUUCACCUACAAGCAGAUCCCCAUCUCUGACCACUGGAGCCAAAACCUCUCUCAGUUCUUCCCGGAGGCCAUCAGCUUCAUUGAUGAAGCCCGCUCCAAGAAGUGCGGUGUCCUGGUGCACUGCCUGGCAGGCAUCAGCCGUUCAGUGACGGUGACCGUCGCCUACCUGAUGCAGAAGAUGAACCUGUCCCUCAACGAUGCCUACGACUUCGUCAAGAGGAAAAAGUCGAACAUCUCGCCCAACUUCAACUUCAUGGGGCAGCUGCUGGACUUCGAGCGGACGCUGGGCCUCAGCAGCCCUUGCGACAACCACGCCCCCCGGGAACAGCUCUACUUCUCCACACCCACCAACCACAACCUGUUCCCAAUCAACACGCUUGAGUCCACGUGAGGCCCGAUGUGCCCCAAUGACGAAGAUGGGCGCAGCACCAGGGGUCUCCUGGCCCUCUGCAGGGCCUGCUGGGGCUCCUAGCCUGCUGCCCCUCUGGCCUGAAGAACCCACAGAUGUCACCUGCGUCCAGAGAACCAGGCUGAGCAGUGGCUGAGCUCCCAUGCCAUCCUGUGCAGGGCCCACAGUAAGGCUGCCUGUGGCAGCACUUGCCAGAUGGCCUCGGCUUCCCAGACAUGUUGCUGAAGUGAGCACAGGCCUCAACCUUCAGACUUGUGGCUUGGGGGCCAGCGGGGGCCUUGUGUCUGCCCCGAGGACAUCCAUUCUGCUGAUGGCCCAGCCAUUCUGGCUAUUUUUAAAGACACACAGACCUGAGUUUGCUACUUUUGGCAGGUAAAUCCAAGCUCCCUGGAGCAGAGAGUGUUCAAGCUCUUCUUGGUUUUUCUUUUCUCUUCCUUUCUUUUUUUUUUUAAAAAAAAAACAAAGUGUUAUCUUUCAGGCUAAAUGCAACAAUGGAUUGUAUAAACCGAUAUUUCACCCCUUUCUGAGAGAGAGAGAAGGGGGGGUAGAUGUGUUCUCAAUUUCUUUUCUUGUUUCCAAAAGCAAACCAUCAGUGUAUUUUGUUUUCAGUGGAAAAGACAAACGCCAUGUUCUUGACCAAAUGCAUUUUGCACAUGCGUGAAGUCUGUCUCUCCAGCAGGCCAUUCCGAAAGGGUGGGUUGUCGCUCUCCAGGCAUCAGGGCCCUGGUCAUACCAUCUCCUACCUGUGGCCCGGCCCACCUCAGUGCCGCCUUGGCACGGGCCGUUGUUACAAGCUGCGCCUGGUGGGCGCUGGUGGUCUUUGUGUUGUCUGCCCCCCUGCCAACCUAAGAGUCCUGCAGACCUCUCUGCCAAGUCCUACUGGAGGUGCUGCUGCAGGGGAGUGCCAAGCAGCAGCAUUAGCUAUCUGGGCCCAGCCCCUCAGAGGGCUGGGCCCUGGCCCUUUUAUAAGUUGUCCACCACUUCUGUCCUCACUCAUCUCUGUCUCUUAACUGGGAAUAGAGGCCCACAGUGCCUGACAAAGCCUUCCCAGCCCCUCAUCUCUGCCAGAGACUUCGUCUAGGUCUACUCCCGGCCCCCUUGUCCAGGUGCAUGCCCGCCCUGGCCUGUGUUGCCUUUUACCUGUAGGCAACCUACAUCUAUUGCAGCCCAAGAGGCGGGGCAGGUGGGGCGAGGACUGGCCGGUGGGAGGGAGAGGCCCCGGACCUAGCACAGAGCCCGGCUCCAUAACACUUCUCCAGUUCCAUCGCUUCUCAAGCCUGGCUUCUUCCUGGGCACCAUGAGGAAAGGGAAGUGCUGGGGCCCCGAUGGGACCCACACCUCAGUGGGCAGUGACUGAGGCCACAUCUUACCUCACAGGGGUGGUUGUCAGGGAUUCUUAGGGAAGCAGUUUAAAAACUUGCCACAGUUGAGAAAUUGACUAAAAACUUCUGUACAUGGUAUGUCUCUGUCUCUCUCUCUCUCAUUUUUAAAAAGAAAACCCAGAAACAUGGGUCAGAGUGUAAAUGAGGGUACACCAGAGGGUGGCCAGUUUUGCUCUAAGAUCUUAUGAAGGAAAGUUUGCGACCCUACAUACAUCUAUAUAUAUACACACACACACAAACACAGACAUACACACACAUAUAUAUAUAUAUCCCGAGCUAGCAACGGGACUUUGUUUAUAUUGCAAAUAAAUAUUAUUUUUUCUUUAAA